GCACCUCCGCUGCUCUCUCUGGAUGAAGUGGGGCGGCUGCGGCGCGGGCUGCGCGCGAGCGGAGGGGGGCGGAGCGGAGAGCCGGGCCGGCGGGAGGGGAGAGCCGGCCGGGCUUCGGGCCGCGCCGUCCGGGGCGCUCGCCAUGAGCGAGACCGGCCGGCUGUGCUCCGGCUACUACAGCCUCAACCACACCUUCGUGGAGCCCUUCCGGUGCCCCCGGCGCGGCGAGGCGGCCGCGCUGCUCUACUGCUGCGGCUUCGCCGACCUCAAGUACUGCUGCGGGGAGCCGGGCAGCUACUUCCCCUACAAGCACAGCUACAUGUGGAGCCUCAGCGUUGGUGCUCUGAUUGGCUUGGGAAUCGCUGCUCUUGUUUUACUCGCCUUUGUAAUCAGCGUCUGUGUCCUCUGCUAUUUAUUUCUGUACACAAAGCCUCAGAGAUUAGACACUGGCCUUAAACUUCAACAUCUCGAGCCUUUUUCCUCUCAAGAAGGCAACUUAAAUAGGAAAACCAAAGCCCUCAAUUCAAAUGCAGCAUCAAAUUCAACAAAUGAAACAUCCUAUGAGGCUGAAGAUAUAAUUCAAGACAAAGGAAUGGAUACAGCACAAAUCAAUAUUGUUUACUAGUUGAAAAAUCUUGUGUUUUAAAAGCUCACAGGAGAGCUGGAGCAACAAAAAUAAAGAAUGCAUUUCAAGCCACA